GUCUCCCGAGGCGGCGGCGCGGGUGAUGUCAGCUCUCGACGAAAAUAGAGAGGGAUCGCCUGCAAAUCCCCAGCUCCGGCGGGGCUAAACCUCGCAAUCCCUCCCCGGCGGCGCGGAGCCAGGGCGCAGCGGCCUCCACCGCCUCCCCCGGCGCGCACACACCCGCACACGCGCGCACGCACACACUCCCCUGCACACUCACCGCACACGCACUCCUCGUCCUCGCCUGCCACCACCCUCCCUGCCCGCGCUCCGCCACUCGCCGUGCCUGCGAGCCCCGCGGCAAACACAGGUGGCAGCGGCGGCGGCAGCGACGCACGGUUCCAGCGCGCCCUCCCGCAGCCCCGGGGGCGGCGCGCUCUCGGGGAGGCCAACCCCGAGCCUGCCGAGCGCCCCGCCGAGCGCCACCGAGGCCGGCGGAGGGGAGCGCGGGACGCGCGCGGUGGAGAGCCGAGACGCGGAUUAGCGCCCGCUGGAGCCUCCUGCGCCCCUGGAGGCGCUGAAGGGCUUACCCCGGAGGGGGUGGGAAAGCGGGGAGAGGCCCCCCUUAAAUACGGCGCCCGGCCACACUCGCGCUCACCCCGGCGCGCGCUCUCUCCCUCGCCGCCGCUGCCGGAUCGUGCCGAAGAGGAGGGGGCGUUCCCCACACCAUGGCAUCCACCGAAGGUGCCAACAACAUGCCCAAGCAGGUGGAAGUGCGAAUGCACGACAGCCACCUCAGCGCAGAGGAGCCCAGGCACCGGCAUCUGGGGCUGCGCUUGUGUGACAAGCUGAGGAAGAAUCUCCUGCUCACGCUGACCGUGUUUGGUGUUGUCCUGGGGGCAGUGUGUGGAGGGCUUCUCCGCCUGGCAUCUCCCAUCCACCCAGAUGUGGUGAUGUUAAUAGCCUUCCCGGGGGAUAUCCUCAUGAGGAUGCUGAAAAUGCUCAUUCUGCCUCUAAUCAUCUCCAGUUUAAUCACAGGUUUGUCGGGCCUGGAUGCUAAGGCGAGUGGGCGCUUAGGCACGAGAGCCAUGGUGUAUUACAUGUCCACGACCAUUAUCGCCGCGGUGCUGGGCGUCAUCCUGGUCUUGGCCAUCCACCCAGGGAACCCCAAACUCAAGAAGCAGCUGGGGCCUGGGAAGAAGAACGAUGAAGUGUCCAGCCUGGAUGCCUUCCUAGACCUUAUUCGAAACCUCUUCCCCGAAAACCUGGUCCAAGCCUGUUUUCAACAGAUUCAAACAGUGACGAAGAAAGUCCUCGUGGCGCCUCCGGCAGAUGAGGAGGGCAAUGCCACUAAUGCUGUCAUCUCCCUGUUGAACGAGACGGUGACAGAGACACCUGAGGAAACAAACGUGGUUAUCAAGAAGGGCCUGGAGUUCAAGGACGGCAUGAAUGUCUUAGGUCUGAUAGGAUUUUUCAUUGCUUUUGGCAUCGCCAUGGGGAAGAUGGGUGAGCAGGCCAAGCUGAUGGUGGAAUUCUUCAACAUCUUGAAUGAGAUCGUCAUGAAGUUAGUGAUCAUGAUCAUGUGGUACUCUCCCCUGGGUAUCGCCUGCCUAAUUUGUGGAAAGAUCAUUGCAAUCAAGGACUUAGAAGUGGUUGCUAGGCAACUGGGGAUGUACAUGGUCACGGUGAUUGUGGGCCUCAUCAUCCAUGGGGGCAUCUUUCUCCCCUUGAUUUACUUUCUAGUGACCAGGAAAAACCCUUUCUCCUUUUUUGCUGGCAUUUUCCAAGCUUGGAUCACUGCCCUGGGUACUGCUUCCAGUGCCGGAACUUUGCCUGUCACCUUCCGUUGCCUGGAAGAAAAUCUAGGGAUUGAUAAGCGCGUGACCAGAUUUGUCCUUCCAGUCGGAGCAACCAUUAACAUGGACGGCACAGCCCUGUAUGAAGCGGUGGCCGCCAUCUUUAUUGCCCAAAUGAACGGGGUUGUUCUGGAUGGAGGCCAGAUUGUGACCGUGAGCCUCACUGCCACGCUGGCGAGCGUCGGCGCCGCCAGUAUCCCCAGUGCUGGGCUGGUCACCAUGCUCCUCAUUCUGACGGCUGUGGGCCUGCCAACAGAGGACAUCAGCCUGCUGGUGGCUGUGGACUGGCUGCUGGACAGGAUGAGAACUUCAGUCAAUGUUGUGGGUGACUCUUUCGGGGCCGGGAUUGUCUAUCACCUCUCCAAGUCUGAGCUGGAUACCAUUGACUCCCAGCACCGAAUGCAUGAAGAUAUUGAAAUGACCAAGACUCAGUCCAUUUAUGAUGACAUGAAGAACCACAGGGAAAGCAAUUCUAGUCAAUGUGUCUAUGCUGCACACAACUCUGUCAUAGUAGAUGAGUGCAAGCACGUUGUGUGUGUUCGUAAUGCAUGCAUCUCACUUCCACUUGAUAAGAAGAAAGUCAGAUUUCUUUCCAACAUUGCUGCGUUUGUCGUGUCUCCAUAUCCCAAUGCUUCCAUAAAUCCAGUCUCUCCAUUAUGUGGAAUAUCAGUCGUGGGUUUAAGUUUGCACAUGACGUUGAGGACAGACAGAUGGAAGGUAACUCUGGCAGCCAAUGGAAAGUCAGCUGACUGCAGUGUUGAGGACGAACCUUGGAAACAGGAAAAAUAAGGAUCGGCAAAUUCUUGAACAAACACCCCAGUAUAUCUUAUGGUAAAAGAGGAUACAAACAAGCUUUCUCUAAAACGGAAAAAAACGCAUAUAUUUCUACGUUUACUUAAUCUGUUAGCUGAGGCUUAGAGGACCUAUUGUGGGUCGGUGGUAGGCAGGGUGCUGUGUCUUUGCCAAAUGAUGCUUCGUAACUGUCUAAUUUCUCACCGUAUUUUUGUUGGAAUGAUGCUGCUGGAGGGAUCGGUUUGAACUGAAGACGCGUUCUUGCCAGCUUCCCUUUCCCCUCAAGAUGCAGAAACGUGGAUGCUCUUUUCCCAGGGGACACAGCUAAAGCAGUGUGGUCCCCUCCAGGGACUUGGGCUAACGGACAGAUGCUCAGUGCGGUCUUCCUUCAAGCGUUCUCCAUGCCUUGCCUUGUCAUGCACAAGAGAUUCUGUUAGAAGCCUCUAGAAGUAAAUCGCAUUAAAUGUCUUGUAGAUUUUGCUCUUAUGACGAUUAAAAGAAAGUAGCUGUCUUAGGGAACUUGGACAAUUUAUCUUCUGUCUACUCUUGAAGCUGAAUGUUUCAAAGAGCAUUGUGGUGGGAGCCACACUCUUAGAGGCGGCCAAUUAUGGAGCACUGAGUCUCUGCUCUUCCCCAUCUAGUCUAUGGAAACAACUGAAAUUCCAAAGUAUGCUUCAUCAUUUGCUCUAAAUUUGAUAAUGGGUUAGGAUGUAAUUGGCACAUAUCCACUGUAUAUAUUGACAAUAGUAAAGGGGCACAGUCAACGUAAACUUUAACCAGAUUCGAAUCUUCAGAUUUGGUUAGGUUUGGUUUGCAUCACGCGGCAUAGUGAAAUGGAGUGAGUGUUCGAUCUAUGCUUCAAUUUCUUUGUUUCAUCCAUCAAAUUCUUAUUUGGGUUUCCAACAAAAAAAGCCAUUUUAAUCCCCAAAUUAUUUCAGUCAUAUUCUUGUCAAACUAGAAGACUCAUCAUUUUGCUCUCCUCACACGGGGAGGACAGUUGGGUUGACUGUGCUCCUUUUAGUACCAUCUCAUGAUAAAAACGGGAACAGAAACGAAAUGCUGUUAGUUAUCCAGUAUGUAGAAAGUGUUUUGUUAUAUUCUAUCAAAGCACGUAACCCUGGUUCUAGGACACAGUGGAAGCAGAGCCAAUCUUCCUCCCCAGUCUUUUCUGUGCAAAGGAGCAAAGAACAAACAUACGUGCAAAACGCUAUAAAGGUGACAUUCUGGUGGCACAGUCCAGGCAGCCUUGAACCAUGAAGGGGAACACAGGAUGACUCUACGCAGCUUCACGGACGGACUCUUUUCAAGGCUGUGAAAGUUUGGGGGUAAAAGUAAUAUAAUUGGAGCAGCGCAGUGCCUUGCAUCUCUAGGCACCCAAUGACUCCUGAAUGAUUGAUCAUGCAAGCUGAAAUUUUCAGUGUCCAUACUACCAUUUUCUAUUGAGUAACCCACAGUAUUUUCCUAAGGUUGCUGGCUUUGGGAGUUUCCUGAGGACUUGAACAUGAAUCAUUGGGAAGUAAAGCACAUUCAACCUCUAAGGAGUGUGUAGAACUUUGGUCCACAUGUGGGAGUAGGGUGGUCAUCCAAGGCCGGCAGGUGGACGCUGAGAUAUUCCUGAAUAGUCAGAGUCCAGAGUCUCUGAGGAGAGGGUACUUAUGGAUACCACAUACUCUUUAUUACCUACUCCUUGUGACUUUUCUCUUCCAAAUCAGAUACUUUUAGAACAUGCAAGAGGCAUGAGGUUCCAGUUGUUUUUGUCUCUUAAGCCCUAGUUAUUUUUGGAUAAGGAUCACUACUGAGCAGUAUUAAGCAGCUUUUUGCUUUUAUUAUUUAAUGGCAUUGGUCUUCCCUUUCGUUAGAUGGACAGUUGACAGAGUGGCCAAGGACAUGCUGACAUGUAGUAGUGGAAACUGCAUCCUUUACAGCAGAUGUUGUGGGUUAAGGGGACAGGUCCUGGAUUUAGCUGUGAAACUGUUAAGGAUUGUCUUACAGUGGUGCUCCCAAGACCUUUGUUAUGGUGAGGAGAAGGAUCUAGGUGAGGCAUCUAGGAGCUUGUGGGUUUUGCUCUUUAAGGCCAGCUUAGCACCUGUACACACUAACGCGUUUCUAGAAGGAGUGGUCUCAGGAUCAUCUUCCCAAGAAUCUGCCUGUAAGUCUUCUGUAUUUCCUUCGUCUUCCGCUUUUUCCCAGUUAUCCACUUAGCCUAUAAAUAUAUAAGGGGACAGUGCGUUCAGAAGGAACAAGGUGCACAGCUUUAACAAAGCAGGUGUUUUGAGUUGAGACUGUAUGCAAUAAGUUUCAUGAGAAUAUACUUAGGGAAAUCACAUUUAUCUGGAAAUUCAACAAAUCAUAUUAAAAGUAAACAAAUUUCUCAAAUUGAGGACUAGCCUGAAAAUUCAGGAUUGUAUAAAGCUAAUGUGACUGUGUCCUCUGUUUUUUUUAGGCCUCUUUCAUUCUUCUCAUGCCAUGGCCGUUGGGGUUUUCCUUGCCCAGCAUACGUGCCGUGAACAGAACAAAUAGAUGCAGAAUGUACCUCUAACAACCUUUUUCUAAACAGGAUAUGCAUCACCUGUCCGUUAUGUGUAGAGAUUUAUAUUAAUAGGUCCAACACAGAUAGGGAUGCUUGUAAUAGUCCAUUAAUAUUUGAUGAUGCACAAAUAUUAUAUUUAUAUACAGACGUGGCAGGCCAGAUAUAUACACUGCAUCCUGUAAGGUCUGUAAGUCACGGCUUCAGCAACACCAUUUUGUUGGAGACUCAUUCACUCUUUUUAGGAAUCAGAAUCAUUUCAGGAGAAAACCAACUAAGUAGACUUUAAUCCUCCCCUUUCUCAUUUGUCCCUGUUGAGAAUCCCAAGAGGAAUUAUCCUGUGAUUACCUACUACAAUUCAGUGGCAGUCGGUGAGAGGAACGGCUUCUCUCUCGACGUGGGGCUUUACCUUGGAUCUUUGAGGAUGUGACUCCCACACAAAGAGCCUCAGAGAAUGAAGGCAAUCAUCUAGAUCACACGGCUUCCCAAUAUAGGACUUCAGGCGACGAGAUCUGAACCAAGUAGAUGUCAGAUUCCGUUCUUUACUUCCUGUCGGGUGUGGAAACACAGACUGUAGUCUCGCUGUCUACAGAAGUUACCAUGUCCCAUAAAAGACAGAUAUUUACUUCUCCUCUCCAUUUACUUCUGACUCCUGGUCAGCCUAAAGAAAGGGUGCCAAAAUGCCUAGCUCCUGGAUUUAGAUUGGUGGGAGCUGAGAAAAACUUAGGGGAAAUUCAGUUAAUGGAGAUGACUCCUGGGAGGUAAUGACGGGAAACCCAACAACCAAUUGAUUAGAGAGUCUCAGGUUAUUUUCACUUGUGCAUGGAGAAGUAUGUCAUUUCUAAGUGUGUCUAGUCAAGAAGUCCUGGAGGAGUUGGGUAACUCAUCUACUGGGUCCCCAAAAGGAAACCCAGUCCUGCCAUGAUUUUCAAAUAUUACACUUGCCUUUGUUCUCAAUAGCAAAAAUUAUGGUACAGUAUUUCAUUUUUGACAGAAUCAAGGGUUCUAUCUGUGCUAUAUUUACACGUGAAAUACAGCAGUAAAUCCAAAUAGGGGCUCAUGCUCAGAGAGAAUUCUCCAUAACUCAGACUCUGGAUAAACAAGUCCCAGCAGCUCGUGCCUGGUUUAAUGAGUCAAAGCACUCUGCAGUUACACCCACUGGAGGUGACUCUUCCCACUUUGCUGCUCUUAAGCUCCCGGGGCCAUGCAGUUGUCUGGGUUGCUGGUUUUGUUUUGCUUAUUCUCCAGAUGAAUUCAUUCCAAGCCAAGAGAAAGGACCAAGUGGGACUUUUCAGUUAUUGUAAGACCUGAUCUUUGAACAUUAAAGUCUGGGACCCUAAGAAGAUUAAGUUUAAGCAAAGAGCCUGAAGGAAUUCUGAAGUGAGAGUUUUGUAAAUCCAGUUGUCAGAGAAGAUUAAUGGUCUCAGUAUCUGUGGUAAUUCCUGGCUAAAACCUAGAAGAAGGGCCAUUGAGUUCCAACCCAGGCAGAAUGCACUGCAGUCGGAUUAUUCUCCUUGGGUGGAGUGGGUUCAAAGCUGCUCACGUAACAUUUGCUUAUGAUUUUCCCUGAAGGAAAACCCAGUUUCCCACUCUUCCUCCUCCUCUCUUUUCAUUCCACUUAUCAUCAUUGCUGCUUAAAACACAAUUUAAUAAAUUAUCAUAUGCAUUAUUUGCAAGGGUUAGUUUUAGACUAGAUGACAGAGAAUCUUAAUUGAAUAGUAUCUAAUUUAACAGUGUAACGCAGCAAAUUCAGGUAAUGGCAUAGAGAUGAGGAGAAAGAACGCAGUUGGGUAGAGGAAACAUUUGACUUAGACUCUGCCAAUCUUCAGCUACAGAGGUCACACAUGUCACUUUACACCCAAGCCCCAUUUCUUCCCGUAGGUCAAGUGAAAGUGUUGGAUUAAAUGAUUAAAAUCCCCUCCCAGCCCUAUUAUCUCUGCUUUAAUUUCUUUCAUAAGAGGUUUACUACUAUAAAAUUUUACUCAUUUAUGUUAUAUUUUAAGUCAGAGGGAACCACCAUAACAAAUAGUUGCAUUUUUCUCAUCUUACUUGGCGGAAAUUAAAUUCAAGGCUUUCUCUCCAUUUGAUGUUUUGCAACAGGCUUGCAAGAUGGCCAUGUUAGUCUACGGUUUGGUGUUUCGGGACACAAACAGACGUCCUUCUAUAAAACUACCCUUUGCCUAACUCACUGUCCCAGCAGAAGUAGCAAUUGAGCUCAGGCAACGAUGUUGCCAGAGUCACCGUGAGGGGACUAGUUGACUCUCAGCCUCACUCAAGGCCUUGCAUCCUUCCUUCUGCGGCAACAGAGCCCACUCCGAAUGCCCAAAACACACAGUUUUCUCCAAACGUCCCUAACUGUCAGCCAAGUAUGGGAAUUUGGGAGUCUUUGGCCAAUAAACUUGAACACUCUUAUGAAAUUUGGUGCAAGGCUUACACAAUAACAGCAACUGUCUGUAAAUACCUUGUCUUUCCACCUAUACGCAGACACGCACACCCAUGCACGCAGUGAGCCUGGGCCAGGGCCUCUCACUGGAGAGAUAUGCAGGGAUGUUGAUUGAAUUCAUUUUCAAGUUUUUCCACCUGGUUUGCCUUUAUCGUGGGCAUGAUGGCACAGGUAGAGAAGCUCUAUCUUACGAGAAUGGAGUUGUGCUGGCUAUCGUCACCCUCUUCAAUGCCCAAGGAGUUUCUAGGGUAGAUAAAAUGCAUGGUUUGUCUGCAAGGGGCAUGUCACCAGCCAUGGCCUUUGACCAACCUCUGGCACUUUCUGGUACUGCUGUAAUGGGCCACUACUUGCAUCCUUGCUCUUUGUCCAAACUUCUGCUAAAUACAGAAUAAGUUUCGUGUUGUGUUGUGAGCACCUUUAUUGCCAGCGAAGACUUCAGUGCUUUAGAUUGGAGGAGUGAAAUGUAAAGCUAAGACUAAAAGGAUUAGGUUAGUGGGGUUUUUUUUGUUUAAAUUUUUAGUGCAGAAGACCCGAUGGAAUGGCGGCAAGAAAAAGACUAUUUCUUAACUGACCCGUAUAAGACCCUACCGAAGAGUAAGGGAAGCCCCCAACCUCUUGUUUCACUCUAAGUAAUAUCCUGAAUGAUUACUGACCAGUUUUUUUCUCUGCCCAGCUUUGCUUCACCUUCCUACCUCCAGACCAAGUAUCUAUUUUGAUAUUUUAAAGAGUCCUCAUGAUUGUUAUGCAGGAUGCUUUUGUGCUGAGAAUAAAAUCUUCUACUGGAACUGAGCCCCCUGCUUUGCAGAGUCAGCACUUGACCCAGAGGAUGGAUAGCAACAGGUCCCUGGUUCCUCUGGAGACACCCUCAUCUCUGGGUAGGUGUUGGAACAUAACAGUUGGACUGUUACCCUGCCAUCAUCCUCCGUGGAGAUGGGGAUGAUGCAGGAGGAGCCUCCCUCCUUCUGGGGCUCCGUUUCUCCUCAUGGCAACCGUUUAGCCUGCCUAGAAACGGCCUGUUGCCUUGGGUAGGAGAGAAAUGCACAUGCUAGCUAAGGAAGUUGGUCUAACACAUCUCUGAGGUUUCUCCCCAUGGAGAUGUGUGAUCAGAAAGCUGGCACUCUGCUUGCUUAAAACUCCAUGAGAGUUAUUUUUCCUACUAGGCAUCCUUUAACAUCCAGAUUUUUCCAUAAAUUACCUGAACUCCCUCCUUUCCUCCUUCCCCUGGGAAACCUCAGCAUUGCAUCUCCACGUUGCACAGCACAGAUCAGGUUAUCUGGUCAAUAUAGAGAUUUGUAUAUAAAAAACUACUUUUGUGAGGAUUUUUGUAUACUGUUUUUCUAUUUGUUUUCUAAGGCUUGAGGAAAGAGCUGGCAAACUGUGAAUCUAAUUUGACCUUGCUGCCAGCAGAUAUAUUUUAGCUUCCUGGUAUGAAUCUACGUUACCGGGGACGAUAUAUUGCCCUUCGAUCAGUAUUGCACCCCAAAUUCACAAAUUCCUCCACCCAAUCUUCCAUUCUUUUUAAAACAAAUCCCUAGGCUCCUUUGCUAUUAUUUAUAAAGAGCAUGAGAAAAUGUAUUUAUAGUCCUGGAUAGUAUAUGUUUAAUAUUGAUUUAGCCUUUAAUAGUGGUAUAGGUUUGUAUCUAUUCUUCAUAAAUCAUAAAGAACUCAGUGUAGACUGAAUUAAUCUAUUUAGUAUCUGUAAUUUUGCAGACAGAUAUUUUCUUAUGGUAUUUUCUAUAAAUCCACAUAUGUAGAAUUAUAACUAAUCAGAGCACAGGAAGUUUCUACAGCAGUUUAGAACUAUCAGUUCUUCCCUGAGCAUACAGGCAUGUUUGAGAAAUUUAAGAACCCAGCCCUUCGCCAUGCGCUGAACAAACUGACCGUAAGGAACAAGGCAUCGCUUAAAUCCCCUCGCUGGUUAGGAUGUGCGUUUAAGCAAUUAGUCCUUUUAACUCGAGGAAUGGUGCUGACUCCUUACUUUUGACAUCAGGCCUGUUUUUCCAGCUAAGCAUUCUAAUUUUGCUUUUUUGAAGAAGAAAAAUAAGGCGAUAACAGUGGGAUCCUUUCUGUCUCAGAAUCUCCCAUGCCUUCCUAAUUAUUUAUGUGAAAAUUGGGUCAGGAAAACCUGCAACAGCAGAGACUGGGGUGAGUGCUGUGAAACAAAUCAGAACAGAUGUAUAAUUCAUUCUUGCCAAGAAAGUUGGUAGUAAAUGUCACAUUGUUAUGUGAAUUGAGCACAUAUUUUUAAGACAAAAAAAUCAUUAGUACCAGCUAUGAAGCAAUACUCUAUCACUGGGGCUGGAGGAGGGGCCUUAGGGUCACGGUGAAGUUGUUUAGAAGCAGCCCAGGUGGAUUCCGUCCUCAGGUGAAUAACAAUCUAUGUAAUUUUCCCAAAAGGCAAAUCAAUAGCCACUGCCAAGACAGCAGCCUUCCUUCCGCCAAACACACUUUCUGAUAUGGUUGUAGGGCUAGUGCUUUGUCAUGUUUUAAAAAAAUAGUCAGUUACAUAGAAAGCUUAUUGGUAUGUAUAUUAAUCUGCUUCCCAUUAAGCAAACAGAUUCAAUGUGCCCUCAACUAGCAAUGAUUGUUUGUGUGGUUUUCCAGGGCAGAUAGCUGUCCGAGCAUGAAACUCGUGUGUGUACGCAGUAACACUUGGUUCACGCAUGAAGAACAGUGCCUACGCACUUGGUGUAGCUAUAAUGUAGAUACCUAUGUGUAAUUUCAGUGAAAUGGUGUAUAGCUGUAUUGUAAUUUAAUUUAAAUGUUAUUUUUGGCUGUUCAUUUAAAUGUAGUAGAUGUGUGGAUUGCCAUUUUGAAAACCCUUCUUUUCCUUCUUAGUUUCCUAGUAGCCAAUCCUUUCUCCACUUUCUUAAUGUGAUUUGGGGUUGUAUAUCAGUGAAGAACUUAUCUAUGAAUCCUUUGUACCGAUGGUUGUUUGAAAGCCUGUGUGUGUCCAGCAUCUCUGUAAAUACGCAAUUCAGGGCACGGGAAACUUGGAUGCGUGUCAUGAUUCUUAGUGAAAGGUCACUGGCUGUCUGCAUCACGCCUGGCAAACGCAGCUGUGGAACUUUUGAUGAUCUAGCCUUAGGUAGGUUUAGAAUGAGGACAUCUCUCUACAACCCUCCUUCGCCUGGUAGAUUGGGCUCAGAGAGACAGAAGGUUAGUCUGCUUCUGUGUUUUUUAUCAUGUACUUGUCCAGGUAAAAGUCUGCCUCUCUGCUUGCCAAAUACUGAUCGUGAUGUUCCUGACCUAAAGGUUCCGAAGAGCCUUGUCCCCUUCGGUUUCUUGAGUCAGGGUACAGGAAAGACAUUCACUGACUGACUGCCAUGCCAGUGGAAUCCCAUAAAAGCACAAUCUGGUAGCAAAGUGCACAGUUGUCUGUAGAAAGCUAGAGCAGUAGAAGCACAAGAACCGUCAGUGUUCAGCUUUGGGGUUGCAGAAAGGCAAAUGAUGAAGCACAGAUCCCAUAUAUGUGAAGGGAGUAUGACCUCUACCUGAUAGCUCUGUGUGCAUGUUUUGAGUGAUUGAAGAUGAGGUUAAUUAAUGCAAUUAUACACUUGUCUCCUAAAACACACUUUCUGUCUAACGAUCACUAAAUGGAAUGCUGCGGGGUCUAUCGUUCCUGUAACUCCCUUCUCCUCUGCAAGGACAGAGAAGAGUGGCCAUGUGCAGUUUGGAACAUGAGUGCCCCUCUCUUUUCACAAGAGGAGUGAAGUCUAAGAGAUUCCCUGAGGGCACAAAGCAUAUUGAUUCUCAGUGGCUUCUCCAGUGAUUGGAGUGAGGGGGUAUCUAUUAUGGACAGACAAAUUUUUCCUUGAAAAUGUGGCUUCUUCAACUCCUGCCAACUCAAGAUGGAAAGCUUAGUGAAAGAAAGCUAGCCCUUUGGCAGGAUUCCUUUGGGAGAUUCUUGUAUGUCCAGAAUGAAAGAUAACAAUGUUUCCUUCACAUUCAUAAUCUCCAUUGGUCUAAAGUCAGGUAGCACAUAGCAUCUACAGCACAUAGUGUUUAAAGACUAAUGAAUGCAAAACAAUGAAAAACUUCAACUAACUAUUGGGUUGUUUCUUAUACAUGGUACUAGGAAACACCUUGUUGGCAAAGCGCACUUAGGGUAGUUGAGGUCUUUGGUUUUCACCUUUAGCUUUCUAAGCUUUCUUACAAUGUGGACUGAUUACUGUAACAUUUCAUGUAUAAAAUAACUGGACAUUCUUUAUAUACUGGAAAUAAUCUGUGAAUCCAAUAUUUCACUAAGUGUUUUAACUUUUCUGUAUAUAUCUCUCAUCAAUAAAUGUGGAUUCCAAUUUC